AAAAAAAAACUUAUGUCAACAACGUCAAAACUGCCGAUGUACGAAUUUUUGUACAUUUCAUAAUUUAUUUGGAAUUCUUUUGUAAAUAUACGAAGUAAUUGAGCAAAAUGAACAACUUACGUGUUAUACCAAAAUAUAGCUUCAAAAUAAGUCAAGAUUUAUCCAGAGUGGCUGUAUCACACCACAGGUUCUAUUCAAGACCCACCAGCUUCCCAGACUUCUUCCAAAAUCCGGUGUUUAGAAAAGAAGACCAAGCAAAACUGAUAGAGAGUAGUGACCUAUCCAAGUUGGCCGCUGUUCCUGUAAAGCCGCCAGCUGUAUAUGAAACUAGUUCAGCCUACCAUGAUCCACUUGUGAACAAGGUGAUAAAUCAUGUAAUGGAAAUGGGCAAAAAACAAUUGGCUCGCAGCCUUGUUGAGAAAGCUUUUGAAAAUAUAAAAAGAACACAAAUUGAGCGGUAUCAUUUGGCUUCAACAGCUGAAGAAAAAAAUAAAAUUGAGUUGGAUCCUAAAAGAGUUUUACAUAAAGCUAUUGAAAAUUCAAAACCUUUAUUACAAUUAUCUCCCAUAAAGAGAGGUGGUAUAACUUACCAGGUACCAGGACCUAUAACAGAAAAAAGAUCCCUCUUCCUGGCUAUAAAGUGGUUGUUGGAAGCCACAAAUGACAAAGAAAGAACCAUCCAUUUUCCAGAACAAUUUGCUUGGGAACUUCUUGAUGCAGCAAAUAACACAGGGAAAGUAGUCAAGAGGAAACAAGAUUUGCAUAGGCAGUGUGAAGCUAACAGAGCCUAUGCACACUAUAGAUGGCAAUAGGCAAUUUCUUGUUAAUAUGUGUUAUAGUAUAGUUGUGUAAAUAUUAGGCAGUGUUGGAAAUAAAGCCAUUUUGUGAUUUAA